GUCUCAGUUUUGGAUGGACUUGUUUGGAGACCUAAGAGACUCUGGAAACUUAAAUGGAAGCCACGAACACCAAUGCUUGCUGAGAUUCUGCUUCAGAGGGGUUCUACAGAAAGACCUGGAUGAAUGCAAAGACCUCUGGAACAAACACAGGAUCCGGCCAAGCAGACUUGCAUCGUGUCCAGGGGGGAUUCCAAACGAACUCUCUCUUGCCUCACAGAUAUGGUUCAAGAGACUGUGGAUUUGCUGUUGA